CAAAAAAAUGGUGGCUGUCAAAGCUAUUCUUUUCUUUUCGAUAUUGCUCUUAAGUUUUGCUCUCUUGUCUCAUGCUGAUACAAGUAGCAUCACAGUCACGGUGAAAUCAGUGACCACCAUAGCUAAUACCGACAACGACUUCAUUUGCGCAACUCUGGACUGGUGGCCAAAGGACAAGUGCGAUUAUGGACAGUGUCCAUGGGGGAUGACCGGCAUUCUCAAUCUGGAUCUAAACAACCCCAAUUUGGCAAAAGCAGUCAAGGCUUUUGAUCCGUUGAGGAUCAGAGUCGGAGGUUCGUUGGAAGAUCAGGUGGUGUACCAAGUUGGGCAUGCAAUCAAGAAGUUCCCCAGAUUUAAGAAGCGGAAGGAUGGACUGUUUGGGUUUAGCAGAGGGUCUCUGUCCAUGAAAAGAUGGGACCAGCUCAACAAGUUCUUCAGUGAAACCAAUACUAAAGUCAUUUUCGGGUUGAACGCGCUCUUCGGCAAGAAGAAUAAGGAGCCAACCACGAUCCUUUGGGUUGGAGAUUGGAACCCACAUAACGCUCGUGAUUUUAUGAACUACACUGCUCAAAUGGGAUACAAGAUCGAUUCCUACGAAUUCGGGAAUGAGCUGUGUGGUUCAGGGGUAUCUGCUAGGGUUGAAGCAGAGCAGUAUGCUAGAGAUACUAUACAAGUGAGGAAAGCUGUGAAUGAAUUGUACCCAGAUCCCAAUUCCAGGCCCAAAGUGUUGGGGCCAGCCGGCUUCUUUGAUGAAGAAUGGUUCAAGAAGUACCUUGAGGCUGUUGGGCCCAAUGUUGUUGAUGGUGUCACCCACCACAUCUACAAUCUCGGUGCAGGUGUUGAUCCAAACCUGAUACACAAGGUUCAGGACCCAUACUUCCUAGACGAAGUAGCACAGACAUUCAAGGACGUUCAGGAUGUAGUGGACCGGUCCGGCACAGGGGCAGCUGCCUGGGUCGGCGAAUCCGGCGGCGCAUUCAACAGCGGCGGCAGAGAUGUCUCCCACACCUUUGCCAACGGAUUCUGGUACCUGGAUCAGCUUGGAAUGGCCUCCACUUUCAGCCACAAGGCCUACUGCAGGCAAUCCCUCGUUGGCGGAAACUAUGGCCUCCUCAACAGCAACACAUUCACCCCGAACCCCGAUUACUACGGGUAUCAUCGCGUCUUCGAACUGAUUCAAUUCAAUCAAUCCACUUAUUCCAAAUUAAACGCAUACAUUCUUAUGUGGUUUUGGAUCAGUGCACUUUUGUGGCAUCGAUUGAUGGGGACCGGAGUAUUGGCAACUACCCACGACGGAUCUCCAUACCUGAGAUCUUACACCCAUUGUACUAAGAACCAGGUGACUGGGGUUACGUUGCUUCUCAUCAACAUGGACAACUCCACAACCUUCAAUGUCUGGGUUUCCAAUGAUCUGAACCUCUACAACGAAAACUCCGACUCCAGCUCUCUGACAGAGGACAGAGAAGAGUAUCAUUUGACACCCCAAGGAGGGAACAUUCAGAGUGAUGUGGUCUUACUCAACGGAACUCCAUUGAAGCUCACUGACUGUGGCGACAUUCCAAACCUCCCUCCUAAGUACGUCCCAGCUUCGUCUCCGGUUACUGUGGCGCCCGACUCGUUUGUUUUCGUCAGGAUUAAGGAUUUCAAGGCCCCUGCCUGCCAAAACAGAUAGAACAGGACUAACCCUACUUAAUUGGGUCUUUCUUUACUCUGUGGGUUUGUUAGUUUUCUGCCUUUACAUUGAUUUCUUGUACUACUUUAGGUUCUUGGAAGAACCCUUCGGCCACGUUAGAAUCCAUUGUAAUUCAAUUCAUCAAUUGUUAGAUUCUAUUCUUUGAAGACCAACUGACUCUGCCA